UUCUCAAACGCUCCUUUCUGGCCCUUCCCUUCUCUCUCAUGGCGAGCACGCUAAGCAGCGCCGCGGCCGCGGCGUUUCCGGGCGGGGGCGGCGGAGGCGCGCGCCUGGAAGCCCUAGCCAUGGACAAGGUGGCGGAGGCGGCCGACGCAGUCGCCGCAGCGUCGAGCGUCGGCGAGGUGGUCCGCGCGAUCCACGCCGUUGCCGUCCUCCUCUUCCCAGUGGACUCCGCCACCGUUGCUGGUGCCAUGGACGAGCCCUUCAGGAGCCAGAUUAUCAGUGUAGCGAACCUCAGGCAUGAUGAAAGGGACUUUUGGAGGCAUGCUUUUUAUCAUGGUCCAGCAUUUCCUACUAUGUCUAAGAUAUUACUUAGCAAUAUUGCAUUGAAGUGGUUAUGGACGAUUCACACCUCUGUGAGGAAGGAAAUAUAUGAUUCAUUUUUUAUCAGAGGACCUACAACUGAAGUAAUUCAGGCUCUUGUUCCAGCUUUGUCUCAAAAUGAAGACUCUAAAGAGGAUAAUAACAUUUUUUGUUUGAACGUUGAAAGGCUAUUAAUUUUAUGCUUACUUGACAAUAAGGGUGUGGCCCAGAUUGUUGAAGAGCUUACCUUUUCUAAUAUGCUUGAUGAUGGCAUUCUCAACCCAGACAAAACGACUUUCAUCUCAAGGGUUGCCCAACUACUUGCAUCUGUUCCAGAUAAAACAAGAAUGAGAGCCUCAGCUGCGCUUACAUCAUCGUUGUUCUUCAAGAGUAUUGUUAGCCAACUUCUUGUUCGAGCUGAAGAAGCAGCUACUGAGUUGUCUGCUGACAAAAAUGCCAAUGAACAUGAUUCUUUGAGUUCUUUGUUCCUAUUCGUGGGUGAAGUGUUAUCACGUGUUAGCCGUCGUGGAUCUACUGGCAUUUUAGUUGCUGAAUUGAUUCCUAUGAUCCGUAAUCACUUACAGAGAUGUGUAGCAUCAGAUAAGAAUACGAUAAUUCCCAACAUGGUCAAGCAGGUUCCUCAGUCUCGAUUUUGGUUCAAUAUGGUUGAAGCAUUAAGAUAUCAGCAUUGUAUUGAGAGAUUGACUGAAGAGAUGUUACGCCAACUUGCAUCACAAAAUAUAAGUGAUGAAGAAGCUUACUGGAUUUUGUGGACGCUGUUUAAUCAGAGUAGCAUGCAUAUGACUGUCAUGAGGGCAAUGUUCAUUGACAAAUUUUUGCUUUGGAAAACAUUUCCUUUAUGCUGCCUGAGAUGGAUUCUUCACUAUGCUGUCUUUGAAUUCCCACCAAACUCAGUCACAGAAACUCAGAUGCAAAGGACAUCAAACUUCUUUGUUACCUUACAAAGUUUAGUUAGUGUUUGGUCCAAGAAAGAGUUUGUUCAGUCAUAUUCAGUGGAGCAGCAAGCUUAUAUUACCGCAGCAAUAGGGUUAUGUUUGGAGAAGAUGUCAAAAAGUGAAUUAGAAACGGCUAAAGAUGUAUCGAAUUAUAUCCUUCAAGGAGUAAGCUGUAGGUUAGAGAGCCCAAUUGAUUUAGUCCGGAAGAUGGCAAGUGCUAUUGCAUUGACCUUUUCUAUAGUUGUUGAUCCAAAAAAUCCUCUUCACCUUGAUGACGACUGUUCUGAGAAUGUUGACUGGGCAUUCGGGUUUCUUUCUCCAAAGGCGAUCACAGCUCCUUCAUAUUGUGUAGAACUUAAAAGCAAACCAAAACCAUCUUUGCGUGAAAGCAUGAGAUAUGGUAAGGAGAAAAAAGCGAAGGCUAUCAAGCAUGAUACUGCAAGCAACAGAGCAAAAAUCGUCGAGAUCGAAUCACUAGAUUCUGAUGAAAUGUCAGAUCCUGCUGUAAAUUUUGAGAACUGUGAUGAGGAAAGUACGAACAUCGAUGCUUCCAGUGAUUCAUCCCUGGAGCCAUAUGAUCUAUCAGAUGAUGACACAGAUUUGCAGAAGAACUUCACCCAUCUAAGUGAUCUUGCUGCUGCACUACGAAAGCCUGACGAUCGAGAUGGUGUCGAAAGUGCUCUCCGUUGUGCUGAAAAGCUUGUGCGAGCAUCACCUGAAGAACUACGCCACGACUCAGCUGAUCUUGUUAAAGCACUGGUUCAUGUUCGUUGUUCUGAUGUGGCAAUCGAAGGCCAGGAAGAUUCUGUUGAGGAAAAUAGACAUAAGGCAUUAGUUGCCUUGCUGGUUACCAGCCCAUUUGAAUCACUAAAUGUUCUGACCGAAUUGGUAUAUUCACCGACAGUGGAUUUAGGUCAGCGCAUUUUAAUUAUUGAUGUUAUGACUGAGGCUGCACAGGAGCUUGCUGAAACCAAAAUUGUGAAGAGAGAACAGCGGCAUGGAAACUUAAUAUGGGACACUUCUCCGUCUUGGCUGAUCCCCAAGGACAGAGGACCUCCUGGUGCAAGCCGUUGGAGAGAGGUAUCAGAACCAGGAACGCUUUUGAACUGGUCACACCGGUAUGAAAGAGAAGUUCCAACCAGAUCAGGUCAGGUUAAAUCAGGAAAAUCUCGUAAAUGGGGUCUUGCUAAAGCAAAAGAUUUGCAGGAGGAAUGGUCAAAAAAUAGAUUUCCUUUGUAUGCGGCUGCAUUUAUGCUCCCGGUUAUGCAAGGAUACGACAAGAGAAGACAUGGGGUGGACUUGCUCAAUCGGGACUUUGUUGUCCUAGGUAAAUUGAUAUAUAUGCUUGGUGUCUGUAUGAAGUGCAUAACCAUGCAUCCGGAAGCAUCAGCUCUUGCCCCAGCUCUUCUGGAUAUGUUAAGAUCUAGGGAGGUUUCGCAACAUGCUGAGCCAUACGUCAGAAGGUCUGUGUUGUUUGCAGCUUCUUGUAUAAUGGUAGCUCUGCACCCGUCAUAUGUGGCUUCGGCUCUUAUAGAAGGCAACCAGGACAUCUCUACUGGUUUAGAGUGGAUACGUACAUGGGCAUUUCAAAUUGCUGAAGCUGAUCCCGAUACAGAGUGCACAUCGAUGGCCAUGACCUGCCUGCGACUCCACUCCGAGAUGGCCCUUCAGACAUCGCGUGCUCUGGAAUCUGCGGAACAUUCCAAGGCCGGCACCAGGGCCCUACCUUCUAAGCUUGAUAACAUUAUAAUACCAUUUGCAAACAUGAUGUGAAGUGAUUGUGAUGUACUUGUGAAGUUGUAAAAUGGAAUUGCCUCAUUUGUGUUGGCAAAACAGCAGCUAAUUCUUGUCAGGUUUGUAGCUUGCUGUAUCAACUGCUAUCGUGCUGAUGCUUUGAGCUUGCGGUCCAUGCACGGAUGGGCCUUAGGAAUUUGCUUUGUUUGACUUAAAUUUAAGAAAAUACUGCCUUUAGAGCUAGGAUAUGAAAUGAGAUACAAGUGGGAAAAAUAUAUAUACACAGUAGCAUAUAUUUCCUGUCCA